AUGGAUGACAAAUACGCCAAAUACGUGAAGGAUGCCGUUCAUGGGUACAUUAAAAUCAGUCGCAUUUCUGUGAAAAUAAUCGACACACCUGAAUUCCAGCGCUUGAGAAAUAUUAGGCAGAUGGGAUUUGUUUAUUUUGUGUAUCCCAGUGCAAACCACACCAGGUUCGAACACAGUAUUGGAGUUUCGUUCUUGGCGGGAGAAAUGGCUCGCUAUUUGUUGAAGACCUUCAGUGACAAUGAAGAGGUAAAAGCGAGCUGGAUCAAAUGUGCUGAAGUUGCAGGCCUUUGUCAUGAUCUUGGUCACGGACCAUUUUCACAUGAUUUUCAGAAGGGACUGGCACCAGGUGCCAAGCCUGAAGGAAAAUCAAUAAAGAUCUUUGACAUUGUGUGUCAGUAUGACGGGAUUAAGGAUAUCAAAGAGGAUGAACGUGAAAUAGUGAAAGCAAUGAUUCAUCCGGAAAAUGGGGAUUGUAUCAAACAGGAUGAACGUGACAUAGUGAAAGCAAUGAUUCAUCCGGAAAAUCACCAAGAAAUCAUAUCAAAAUACCCGGAUAAAGAAUUCAUGUUCCAGCUAUCAAUCUAUAAUGCCUAUCAAUCAUAUUCUAUCUAUCUAUCUAUCUAUCUAUCUAUCUAUCUAUCUAUCUAUCUAUCUAUCUCAUUCUGUUCAUGUCUAUUUCCUUCUGUUCAUAUCUAUCUAUCUAUCUAUCUAUCUAUCUAUCUAUCUAUCUAUCUGUCUAUUGUUUCCAAUGAUGAGAACGGAAUCGAUGUUGAUAAAUGGGAUUAUCUCGCCAGAGACGCCUUUUAUCUUGGUCAGAAUUCCAACUUCGAUUACAUGCGCCUUUUCGCCCAUGCCAAGGCCCUUAAAGUUGACGGGAAAAUGCAUAUUUGCUAUCCUUUAAAGCUGAAAGAGAAUAUCCAUGGAAUAUACCAUUUAAAACGAUGGAAUUUCAAACACGCUUACCAACACCGUGUAGUCCUCUGCAUCGGCUUAAUGUUUGCUGAUGCUGUAAAAGAAGGACAAUUACAAAUAACAGACAAAUCAACUGAUGCAAUAUAUUAUAAUCUUCGUGGAAGAAGUGAAAUCAUUGAAAAAAUUGAAAGAAGGGAAUUGUACGUCAGCCUUGGUGGUAUACCAAAACAUAAACUGUUCCAGAAUACUGAUUCAGAAAAAACUGGCAACAAAGCCAUUGACUUAUUUCUGGAGAAAUUUAAAGACGCCAAGGAUAUUCCCAAGAAAGAAGAACUCAGAGUUGGUAGUCAGUCAUUCAAAUAUGGAAGAAUGGCAAAGAACCGUUUCAGAAAAAUUUAUUUUUAUCCCAAGUCUAAUCCUGAAAAUGCUCAAUCCUUACCGAAAGCAGAUAUAGAUGCAAUGUUCGCCGCGGCAUUUGCAGAGCCAACCUUCUUUUUCUACAUUAAUACUUCUCACUGUAUGUGUACCUACAUUAAUAUAUUUCUCUCUCUCUCUCUCUCUCUCUCUCUCUCUCUCUCUCUCUCUCUAUUUGGACGAUGGAAUUUCACACAUGCUUACCAACACCGUGUGGUCCUCAACAUAAGCUCAAUGUUUGAGGAUGCUGUAAAAGAAGCGAAAUUAAAGCAAGAUAAAGCUGUAAAAGAUGCAAAAUCACAAAUAACUGAUAUGUCAACUGAUGCAAUAUAUUAUGAUCUUCAUGGAAGCAGUGACCUCAUUAAAAGAAUUGAAGAAAGGAAACUGUAUGUUACUCUUGGAGGCAUACCAAAAAAUAAAUUGUUCCCAGAUGCCAAUUCAAAAAAAUCGGACGAUGAAAUCAAACGCUCCUUUCUGAAAAAAUUUCGUGAUGUCAAGGAUAUGCCCACUUACAAAGAACUAAGAGUUCGUCAACAUUAUUACAAGUAUGGUGAAACAGCAAAGCGCUAUUUUCAAAAAAUUUAUUUUUAUGCAAAGGAUAACCCAAACGAUGCAAGAGCCUUACCAGCAGCAGAAAUAGAUGCAAUGUUCUCCGCGGCAUUUGCUGUACCCACAAUUUUCUUCUACAAACUGAUUGGAACCAAUGAAUCAUUAAACGAUAAAUUGUAUGCAUGCAUCCAUCUAUCUAUCUAUCUAUCUAUCUAUCUGGCUCCUUAA